GUCAUUUCCCGGAAAUGCAACCAUCGCAUCACGGAAGUGUUAGAAGGAAAACAAAUAACCGUUCAAGUCUGAGAGGAUUUGAGGUCGGGAAGACACUUUAAACGCCGUUUAUCCUCCGGGUUUUUACUUUGGUCAUCGUUAGUCCCGGUCCACGAUGGAGUUUCUGUUCGGAAAGAGGAAGACUCCGGAGGAGAUGCUGAGGCAGAACCAGCGAGCGCUCAAUCGAGCCAUGAGAGAACUGGACCGAGAGCGAAUGAAACUGGAACAGCAGGAGAAGAAGAUUAUCGCUGACAUCAAGAAAAUGGCCAAACAAGGACAAAUGGAUGCAGUGAAGAUCAUGGCUAAGGACUUGGUUCGCACGAGACGCUACAUCAAGAAGUUCAUCAUGAUGAAAGCGAACAUCCAGGCUGUCAGUCUAAAAAUACAGACACUCAAGUCCAACAACAGCAUGGCGCAGGCCAUGAAGGGCGUCACCAAAGCCAUGGCCACCAUGAACAGACAGCUGAAACUGCCUCAGAUCCAGAAGAUCAUGAUGGAGUUUGAGAAGCAGAGUGAACUCAUGGACAUGAAGGAAGAGAUGAUGAAUGACGCCAUUGAUGACGCCAUGGGGGAUGAGGAUGAUGAGGAGGAGAGUGAUGCUAUCGUGUCCCAAGUGCUGGACGAGCUCGGCCUGAACUUGUCGGAUGAACUGUCAAAUUUACCCAGUACUGGGGGGAGCCUGUCAGUGGCAGGGGGGAAGAAAGCGGAGCCCCAAGCCGCCCUGGCUGAUGCCGAUGCAGAUCUGGAGGAGCGCCUGAACAACCUCAGAAGAGACUGAAUGCACAGUAACUGGAAAACAAGCUCGAUCGUCACGGUUGUUGUCGCAGAUCCAGAGAAAAGUGUCUGACUGCCACAAACAACCGUCUGUUAUAAAGGUUUAUGGCUUUCUGUUUGAGGUGUUUUCUUUUCACAAGUGUAUCGGUAUCCUAACAAGGAAAAACAUGAGGAAGGUCCUUAUCCAUUUAUCUAGCUCAUCGUCACAUUUAAGACUUUGCCAAAUCAUACAAAUGGCCUAAGAGUCUGGAGCAUUUUUCUAUUGUCUGUGUAAAUACUAACUCCUCAAGACACCAGGAUUCUUUUUCAUCAUUUAAAUUAACACUAAGGAGAAAAUAUCUAAAGGAAACCAAAUAAAUGCAGGUUAUAUUAAAGAAAGUUACCUUUCAUAUGAUUGACAUUUAGAGGUGUUGUUGUAUUUUGUAUAUGAGGCAGAUUUGAUGAUUGGAUCAUCACUAAAAUAUCUCGAUAUUAAGAUUUCUUUGCUACGAGCUGACAAGAAAAUGUCUAAAAACUCUGGAUCAGCAGCUCCUCUGUACCAGAGCAGUUUCUGCUUCCAACGAGAUUUGACUGGGUCGGGUUUAUUCAGCUGUUUCUAAAGAAAUUUAAAUACUUUGCUGGAUUUUUACAUUUUAAAAUCAGCAUUUUCACCAAAAUUUUACAGUUUUCAUUUUUUUUUUCUUUUCAUGAGAAAUUGACUUUUUUCUUGGUUGAAUAAACAUCCCUUGAUAUACAUUAAA